AUGUUUAAAUAUUCCCGUAUUUACAAUACGCAAUAGCAAGUCCUACCGUGGCGUGUGUCGAAAUUCACAAAUCAAGUCUUUUAAUAAUAAGAAAUACAAAUAACAUAAUAAAACAAGUCGUGCUCUCGUUACUUUCUCGCACAUUCUCACAUAUCACGGUACUAUUUUUAGGUUACAGGAAAAGAACUCGUACGGACAAACGUCAUCAUUUAUUUGUCACGUUGUGAUUACAAAUCCGUGUGAUCGAGACAUUGUUUCCUAAACUAAUUCGAUUUCCUAUACACGUGGAGAUUAAAAUGAUCAUUUCAAUUUUUUCUUGACUGUUUAGCAACUUUGUAGUUGUGUCUUCAACUUUUUUUUCCACUUUUCCAAACGUAUUAGACCCGUAUUAAUAGCCGUUACUUAAAACUUGCCUCAGGCGAGAUACUUAAACUAGAAUUCAGAGAUGGGUGUUUUUGUUCAGAGAUGGAUGAACUACAAUUACAAAUUUAGAAUUCAGAUUUGAAUUCAGAUUUGAAUAUCUCAUGAUUACGCACAGCUGCAUGUGCUUGCAGAUCAUGCUUGGUGGUAUAUAAACGAUGAUGUGGCUGGUACGAGCACUCGUCCAUCUCUUCGUGCUCGUCUCCGUGGCGAGAUGUAGCGACAUAACGCCUGCCGUUUUCGGCAGCGUGUUGGACGGCAUGCCGGCCGCCUUCGGCGACUUCAAUUCGGACGAGUUGACGGACGUGUUUAUGGUGCGCAAGAACGGCACUAGCGUGGAGAUAUUCCUCGCUGCUGAUCAAGAGCCGUUGCUGCGGCCCGGGCCAGACCUCAAUUGCUCGUUCAACUCGACCAACCACGUGACCAGCGUGGUGCCCGGGGACUUCGACGGCGACGUCUUCAUGGACAUCCUCGUGACCACCUUCAACGUGAAGUACCGCACUACAUUCGUGCACAUACUGUGGGGCGGCAACGGCCACCUCAACUGCAGCGACGAGUGGAAUCCGCUGAUAGAGAUGCGCGACCAGCCGUUGGCGUUGGACUACAAUCGCGACAUGAUAAUCGAUCUCUUCGGGGUGGACAAGCACGGCAACAGAACGUUCUGGGUGUUCAAUCAGAACAGAACGACUCCGCAUGCCAUCCCGAUGCGCGGCCCGAAGCCACUGGAGCCCGUGAGGAACCCGCACUCCAACGCCUUCCUGGACUUGAACAGCGACUUCCUGCCGGAUCUCGUAGUGACCACCAGAACGUCGUUCGAGAUAUGGAUGGGUACCGAGCAAGGGUUCGAGUAUUCUCAUGAGAUCUAUCUGCCGUACAACAUCACCGUAGACAGGAACUUCAAGGGCGAGGUCGGGCAAACUCUCUAUCUAGACGUCGAGCUGACCGGCAAGAUGAGCCUGUUACUACCACUGUGCUUUGACGCCUCCUGUAGCAACUGUACGAUCAUGAUGUAUUCCAACGGCUGGCACAAUCUACGAGUGAACUUCCGCGACCCCAACAGUGUACAGUGGGGCUUUGUAAAACCAGACGGUCAUUGUUACACGGAGACCAUCACCUUGCGCGGCGGCGACUUCAACAUGGACGGCUAUCCGGAUCUCCUGGCGACGCUGCAGCACUCCAACGGCGAGCACGUGCAGUCCUUCUUGCUGCAGAAUGUGGCGUGCAACAACUGCGCCGGUUUCAACCGCACUUACGAGGUCAAGUGGCAGGCACUGAAUCCAUUCUACAACGAGUCCGUGAUGGCGGUUUUCUACGAUUUCUAUCAAGACGGCAUCUUGGACGCGAUCUUGGUGAACUAUGACAAGAACAGCCCUAAUAAUAAUAAGCGUCGCACCGCGGCGUUCAAGAAUAGCCUCGAUUACGACGCGAAUUUCGUCAAGGUCAUGGUGCUCACGGGUCGCACCAACAGCAUGUAUCCCAUCUCGCCGGGUUCGCUCGGCAAGAAGAAGAGGACAUACGGCACUAAUCUACCUGGACCGUCGAUCGCUUACAGGACUACCACGCAGGACGGUAGUCCUCGCAACGCGAUCGCCGCGCAGUUGCCACAGAGUGCGCAUUUCUCGCUCAACUUGCCAUACACCACCUUUGGUUUGGGUAGAACGCCAAAUUUCGUCGACGCUCUUACGAUAGGGGUUGGCGGCAAAUCGCGCGAGUGGCCGCAGAUCAUUCCGAAUUCCCAGAUGGUCGUAAUACCGAAUCCGAUCGCUGAACCGUCCAGGUGGAAAGCCCAGCUGUUUGUGACUCCCAGCAAGCUGAUCCUGCUAAGCGCGGCCGCCCUGGGCGCCACUUGCGUCUUGAUCACGGCCAUCAUCUUGGGCCUCUAUUGGAAGGAGAGAAGAGAGGACAAGAUCGAAAGGCUGCAAGAAGCGCACAGGUUCCACUUCGACGCAAUGUAAAGGACGCGUCGUCAAGGGGAACGACAUCGUUGACUUAAGGCUUAUUUAAGAUAUCAGUUUAUUGAUAUCACAAUUAUUUAAUAAAUAAAUCGCGCUUAAAAUCCUACUGAAUUUUACGUUAAAUGUCGUCAUACCAUUUAUGACUUCGCGAGUUGUUCUUUUCCGUCGAUCGCAAAGUUCUUUUUUUUUUCUUUUCCGGUACGAGGUUGUCAACGAGGUAAAAUUCACGCUUCACCGAUUCUUUCACGAUAAAAAAUUCGGCGUCCAUCUAUCUUCGUAUCUCUUUCUCUCUCUCCGCCUCUCUCUCUUGCAGGAGCGGUUUCACGUCGCGUCGAGCUCGUAAUUAUAUGUAUAUAUUAACAAACGAUCCUUGCCGGAGUGCUUUCUUUUCCAUUUUGGUCGCCGCGCCGUGAGCGCCGUAAUGCUUUCAGUCGGUCUAAACUAACAGGGAUUCGCUAUUGGCAUCGGUCGUUCUUCAUGGCAGGGUUUAAGUCGUUGAAGUACGGAUGCGCCAUCGCCUCCUCCGCUGACAGCCGUAGGGCCGGAUUACACACUAAUAAUCUCUGUAAAUUAAUUGAAUAUUGUUACACGUUGCCGAUAGCUAUUCAAGGCUCGAUGUAUAUUCACGUGAAAGGAACAAAAGAGGAGGAACUUGUAAACGCCGCAUAUUUGGAGAAGUUCUUUUUUAAGUAUCAUAUUUGUCAUUCCCCGCUGUUGUAGACUUCUCAUUUACGGCGCCUACAGUCCCUCUAUACAUCGAGAAUUUUGAAUCGAUACUUCGAGACUAUGUCUCUUUUGUACGUAUGUCAAAUUACAUUGCAUGAUUGCGACGAUGUUCUCUUAUGAUUUACUAAAUAGGUAUUUAUAUCUUAGGUGAUAUUCUUAUAAGCGCUAGUCCCAUUAUCUAUCUUGUUUUACUUCAUAUUUGUUAGUUUGCUGUUCUCUCCAAUCGUUAGAUAGAUUUAUUACCAUCGAUACUGCGAGAAGCUUCGUUUUGUAUGAUCGUUUGUAAAUUAAUCAGAUAGUAUAUAUUUUCUAUUCGUUUUUCCAUGCGUUUGACGCGUGUUCUAGAAAUAUUCGCAUUUAUAUCUCUCGCAUUUCUUCUCUCGACGAAACAAGAAUAAACGAUUUAUCAUUUA